AGAAGAAGAAAAAGAUGAACACGGUUUCGGUUAUUAACUUCUAUUAACGGUACGAAAUUACUGAUCAUCAACUGGAUUUGGUAAAGUUUGAACGGAAGUCACGAUCAUAAUCAUAUCCUAGCCAAUCGUACUUCUUGUUCUAUCCGGAAUUAGUGAUUCCGAUUUCGAUUUCGAUCUCGAUUUCGGCAUGUUUCUGCGUUUUGAUGAAUGUAAUCUGAUUUUUCGCCGAAUAUGGUGACGGUGGAGCGCUGGUUUUCCGUUUGGAUCGAUCGAUUUCUCUCUUGUUUGGGAGGAAGUGUUUGUUUUUUGGUAGGGGCACUAAGCCUGCACCAGCCAUCUCUGGGAAUAAUCAGAAUGCAAAGAUGCCUAGCAUGUCAGAUGACUUUUGGAGUACAAGCACAUGUGAUCUUGAUGAGAUGUAUACGGCUCAGUCUCAACAAAUCUCAUCUAUCAGCUCAACGAACCACAACCCUGAUCAUGGAGGUGGCACUGGCCAUUUGAGCAAUCAUUCUGACUUUGUAAAUCAUGGUUUUGUCCUUUGGACUCAGACCAGGCUUGGAUGGCUCGGAAAUUGUGAGUCUGCUAAGAAAACUAAAAAGAACCAUCUUCCAGGAUUAAGUUGGUAUAUGACUAAAGAACUCUUGCUGGAAAGCAAAAAACCUUUCCAUCGGCGCAUACCGUUAUCUGACAUGGUAGAUUUUCUGGUAGAAGAAUGGGAAGAAGAAGGGCUGUAUUAUUGAGCCAGUAUAUCAAAAACCGUCACCUUGUGAAUACCCCAUGACCAUGACGUUUCAUGUUCCGUAGUUUAAUACAUAUGCUACUGCCUUAACUUGCAAUUGGUUCAGUCUAAGUUAACUUACAAAAUGACACCACCUGGUUUACUAACCUUCUCUUUUGGUACAUUGGAGAGCUCUAGGGGAGGGGCCAAGUGUAAAAUAACCCAAAAUCCAAGAUCAUCUUCUGAAUGAUCGGCGAGCUAGACGGUGAGCUACCUCUGGGCAAUCAGCUAAUAUAUACUUAGCAUACAUACAUAUAAAGCUUUCUUCGUCGUUUUUUUCUCAUCCAUGACAAUAGUUAAAAUGUGCAGAAAGAUCAACCUUGCAGUGUGCUUGGAUGAAGCACAAUGUUGAUCAUCUGACUUGUUGUGAUUGAUGUAAAAAAACAGAUAUUGAUCUCUAAAACAAACUUUCUUGUAGUUUUGAAUUUUGAUAAUACUGAGUUUGAUUUUGUGGUGA